AUGCCGGAAGCGAAGCAGGAGAAGCGCGGCGAGCGCGCGGUCGCUACGUCGCCGUUGCUGCCUCUCGAGAACACCUGGAUGGAAGAUACGGCGGAGAAGUUGCAGGCCCGGCAGACGGCGUGGGAGGGAUACCACCGCGCCGAGUUGAUUAGCGCCGAGGAGCUCCAGAUGCUCCGCGACGCGGAGCACGCCGAGCGCGAGGAUAAGAUGGAGAUUGUCAUCGAGAAGGGCGCAGAGUACGCUGCUCUCUACACCAAGCUCCUGGGCAAGCUCAGCCGCGCGGAUACCAUUCAGCAGGUCGUGCUGCUUGCCGACGACCUCGUGCAGGCGGCGCCCGAUCACCUCGACUGGUUCCUCUCGCUGGACCAGAACGAUGCGCCGCAGCUCUACCAGUCGCUGUUCAAACUUUUCGAUGUGCAGGACGCAUUCGUCUCGCUCAAGGCGGCGCAGCUCCUCGCCGUCUUUCUCACGACGCAGCAGGCGUCGCGCGAUUACGACGCGCCGCCAAAGGACGCGCUCCUAAAGCUGCUCGAGUUUAUCGACAAGCAGCUCAAGGCCGUUGCGAACGGCAGCGGUGACGACGGCUCCGAGGGCAACGCCGCGCCGAUUUCCCUCGCGAUCCUCGGCGAGAUCCUGCGCCAGGCGCCUUUCCGCGCCACGGUCUGGGCGCAGGCUUCCGAGGCGAAGGACGGCAACCUGUCGCUCGUCGCGACGCUUGUGAAUCUGGUCCAGACCACAUCGGGCGCGCCGGGCAGCGGCUCGUCGACGCCGCGCGAAGCCGGCGGCAAGCCCCAGCUGCAGUACCAGGCGCUCUUUGCGCUCUGGAUCCUCACGUUUGAUAAGCAGGCCGCGUCGGGCAUCGACGCGCACUUUGGCCUUGCCUCUGCGCUUGCCAGCGCCGCGCAGGCCGCGCUCAAGCACAAGAUCGUGCGCCUGAUUGUGGGUAUUUGGCGCAACAUGCUCGCUGCCGACGACGAGAACGCGUCGCGCCUGCUCGGCGCCAAGGUGCUGCCGCUGUGCCAGACGCUCGAGGAGCGCAACUACUCCGACCAGGAGCUGACGGACGACCUGAAGUAUGUGUCGUCCGCGCUCAGCAAGCGCCUGGACGAGAUGAACUCGUACGAAGAGUACAUUUCCGAGCUUCACAGCAAGCACCUCACCUUUGACAACCCGGUGCACACGCUCGAGGACUUUUGGAAAGAGAACGCAGAGAAGCUGGUCGAGCACGACGGCAAGGAGCUCAAGGAGCUCGUCGCGCUCGUCAAGCCCGAGGCACAUUCGGACGCGACGACGCUCGCCGUCGCGUGCUCGGACCUCGGCAAGUUUGUGCACUUUUACGAUGGCGGCCGGCGCCGCGUCGUCGCGCUCGGCGGCAAGGAUGCGAUCAUGGGCCUUGUCGACCACGACGACUCGCAGGUAAAGCACUAUGCGCUACAGACGCUCGCGCGUCUCGUGUCCACUAGCUGGCGAUAG